UUUCGAUCGCGCGGGGGGUCUCUCGCCUUUUCUGUCCUGAAUCCCUUCCGCUCUGUAUCUAGGAGAGGCGGAGAGAGAGAGAUUAAGAAAGAUAGGGAGGGAUUAGAAGUGGGAUGGAAGGGAGGUGGCGAGGGGAAUGGAAGGGAUGAUGCAGGUCUGAUCUUGCCCUUGGUUUCGAGCGCAUUCUUUGGGGCCAGCUUCAUUUUGAAGAAGAAGGGGCUCAAGAGCGCCGGCCAAUCCGGCACGCCUGCUGGUUUUGGAGGGUAUGCGUACCUAUUAGAGCCUUUGUGGUGGGCUGGAAUGUAAAAGUAAGCUAUUUUACUGAUGGUAGGCGAGGUGGAAUUUGUUGCUUAUGUUUUUGCUCCUGCAGUUCUUGUAACUCCUCUUGGUGCGUUGAGUAUUAUUGUCAGUGCUGUUAUGGCACGCUUUAUGCUGAAGGAACAAUUACAGAAACUAGGUGUUUUGGGGUGUCUAUCCUGUAUCUUUGGUUCAAUUGUUAUAGUGAUACAUUCACUUCAGGUGUGUUCCCAGAGUUCUGUAGAAGAAAUUUGGAAACUUCUCUUGUCUGCAGCAUUUUUAGUUUACUCUGCAGCUAAAUUAUCAAUAGUCUUUAGGAUGGUGCUACAUUUUGAACCUCAUUACGGACACAACAACGUAAUGGUUUAUCUGGGUAUUUGCUCUCUAAUGGGUUCAUUGACGGUAAAUUGUUUUACUCUGAUCUGA